AUGCGACGCCGUCUGCGUCUGCGCAACUCGCUGAAGGUUGAUCCACUCCGCUCCACUUCGCACCUCCGCCGCCCGCCCACCGCACCACCAACUUUUGUGGCUCGAUAUGACCAUCAUGCCAUUUCCCACCAGAGCUUCACCAGAUUAUCCUCAGCGGAGCCACUAACCCUGCAGUCCCGAAAGCAACCGCAUCAGCUGCUCGUUCCCUCUGCCAGGAUUGUUAAUCAUCACCAGGCAGUGGAACGACAGCAGGUCGAGAGGUUCUUCCAGGCGGCGACGGCGCAGGCGGAGGAGGUGCCUGUCAUAUCUGGACAGACACCCGCCCAUCUCACCUACGCUGCCCAUCCUGUGGUGCACCAGAUGCUGCCAAGGAUUAAGCCAGUGCGAAACAUAAGCUACGCCUCCCUGAUCCCAGGACCUCGCAGCCUAAACACUCAUACGAAUCGGAAUUUGUCACCCGUUUGAGGUGCUGUAUACUAAAGUCCUGGAGAUAGAAAUUUAGAAACAAGUAAAUCAUAAGUUUUUACGGAUAACGCACAUUAUUAUAGUUUUAAUUAUAUUUUCCAAUUUAACUACUUAAACAUGAAGCAGUAACACUUAACACUCACAUUCGACUCAAGUGCUUGUGAAUAAAACUCGAAUACUUUUUAUCAAGGUUCAACUUAUUUG